AAGCCGGAAGGGACCUCAGCCAGGGUCGUCCAACUUUAUAGGGACAGGAUCAUUUUCCCAUUUCCUUUUGAGUUUAAUUUAGUUAAAAAUUGAGAAGGCAGGACUAUAGGGAAGGUAGCCAUUGGUGAGCCGGGGGGAGGGAAGCCAAAAGGAACAGGACCUGGAGGAGAGAACAGCCUUUGGUUAGGGGACAAGAGCUGCCGAGGCAGGAGAGAGGAGAGCGUAGAACCCAGACCGUGAAGAGUUUUGCAAGCGUUACAGGUACCAUGGAGGUGGCCUUCACCGAGAAAGACUCUUAUGCUCAGCAUUUUGUCCCAAAAGAUUACCUGGAAAUGUAUUAUUCCUGCCAUCCUGAGAAAGAAGACGAAAGCGCCCUGUUAGUCUUUUCUCUGAAAACUCUCCACAAGGCUUUUCACUCCGGUGGCCUUAAAGGAGACACCCUGAUUGACAUCGGAAGUGGACCCACCAUCUACCAGUUCCUCUCGGCCUGCGAGUCCUUCCGAGAGAUCAUCGCCACCGAUUUUACCGACCAAAACCGGGAGGAGAUGCAGCGGUGGCUGAGGAAGGAGCCGGGAGCUUUCGACUGGAGCCCAGUGGUGAAAUAUGUCUGCGAGCUGGAGGGGGACAGGGAAGAGUGGGCCCAGAAGGAGGAGAAGGUCCGAAGAACCGUCAAGCGAGUCCUGAAGUGCGACGUGACCCAGCCCAACCCUUUGGCCCCGCUCUCUCUCCCUCCGGCCGACUGCCUGCUCUCCGCCUUGUGCCUAGAAGGGGCUUGCAAAGACCUGCCCGCCUACCGCGCUGCCCUGAAGAACAUCAGCUCCCUCGUAAAACCUGGAGGGCGUUUGGUUCUAUUGGCCAUCCUGGAAGAAACUUUCUACAUGGUUGGCCAGCGCCAGUUCUCUUGCCUUUACCUGGAUCGGGAAUCUGUGGAAGAAAGUGUGAAAGAGGCUGGCUUUGAUAUCGAGUGGCUGGAAAUGAGCCAGCUCUGCUUCCCGGGGACUUUGUACGAUGCCAAGGAAGCAUGUGUGCUGGUGGCACGGAAACACUGACGGGCAGGGCUCUUUUGGUAGAAAAAGCCCAGCAGGAACUCAUUAGCAUAAUUA